AUGACGAGCAAAGAUGAUGUCCGCAUCAUGGGCAUGCCGCCCUUCGUGGUCGACUUCCUGAUGGGUGGUGUUUCCGCCGCCGUCUCGAAGACUGCCGCUGCUCCCAUUGAGCGUGUCAAGCUUCUGGUCCAGAACCAGGAGGAGAUGAUCCGCGCCGGCCGUCUUGACCGCCGCUACGAUGGUAUCAUCGACUGCUUCAAGCGUACCAGCCAGGCUGAGGGUGUCAUGUCGCUGUGGCGUGGCAACACUGCCAACGUCAUCCGUUACUUCCCUACCCAGGCCCUGAACUUCGCUUUCCGUGACAAGUUCAAGAAGAUGUUCGGCUACAAGAAGGACAAGGACGGAUACGCCAAGUGGAUGGCCGGUAACCUGGCAUCCGGUGGUGCUGCUGGUGCCACUUCGCUCCUGUUCGUCUACUCCCUCGACUACGCCCGUACCCGUCUGGCCAACGACGCCAAGUCGGCCAAGGGUGGCGGUGACCGUCAGUUCAACGGUCUCGUCGACGUCUACCGCAAGACCCUCGCCUCUGACGGUAUUGCCGGUCUGUACCGUGGUUUCGGUCCUUCCGUUGCCGGUAUCGUCGUCUACCGUGGUCUGUACUUCGGCAUGUACGACUCCAUCAAGCCCGUUGUCCUGACUGGCGCCCUUGAGACCAACUUCCUUGCCUCGUUCGCCCUCGGUUGGUGCGUCACCACCGGUGCCGGUAUCGCCUCUUACCCCCUUGACACUGUCCGUCGUCGUAUGAUGAUGACCUCUGGUGAGGCCGUCAAGUACAGCAGCUCUUUCGACGCUUUCAAGCAGAUCGUCGCCAAGGAGGGUGUCAAGUCGCUCUUCCGUGGUGCUGGUGCCAACAUUCUGCGUGGUGUCGCCGGCGCUGGUGUGCUCUCGAUCUACGACCAGCUCCAGCUCAUCAUGUUCGGCAAGGCCUUCAAGGGUGGAUCGGGCUAA